AUGACGGAGAAACUUCCGUACCACGCUAAAGAGACUAACACAAAGAAGAGCUAUCUGAACUUCUUUAUACUCAUCAUAUGUUGUGUCCUUGGAAUCUCAUGCUAUGUGGUUUCCAAGUCAACUCCAUUCGAAAAGGGGCAGAUCUUGUUGCAGGCGAGCAAUCCAGACUCACUUUGCCCAAUUGUGGAAAAGGUCGACUUUUCGAAAUUUGUACGUGAUAAUCUGACUGUUGACAGAAUUCUUCAUGACGAAACGUUCAGGAACGGUCUGAUAGAAAAGUUGCUCGGUGCUGUGCGCUACCCCACAGAAAUAUACGAUGAAAUGAUACACCCUGAGGAGGCCGCUUCUCUUGACGAGUUGUACAAAGCUGAGCCAAAGUGGAAGGUUUUUGAAAAGUUUCAAAAGUAUUUGGAGAAGACGUUUCCUCAAGUGCACGGUAAGCUCAAGCUUGAUAUAGUGAACAGCUUUGGCUUGGUGUAUACUUGGGAAGGUCUGGUACCAGAGAAAAAGCCCAUAAUCCUAGCUGCUCACUAUGAUGUUGUACCAGUUCAAACAGAGACCAUUUCUCAAUGGACGUUUCCACCGUAUGAGGGCGGUUAUGAUGGAAAGCAUUUGUAUGGAAGAGGCGUUUCUGACUGCAAGGACUUACUUAUUGCGUUGUUGGAGACAGCUGAGAUUUUAUUGAACGAAAAAAAAUUUGAGCCACAAAGAACAAUCAUAUUUGCUUUUGGCUAUGACGAGGAAGCACUGGGAUCUGGUGCACAGCACAUCUCUGAACACUUAUUGAAGAAGUAUGGCCCAAAUUCGAUACUUCAAAUCAUUGACGAGGGGACAUCUGGAUUCGAGGAAACUGAGGGCGUCAAUCUCAUUUUACCUGCAACUGGCGAGAAGGGAUAUGUUGACUCUAUUAUUGAGUUGUAUACUCCCGGAGGACACUCCUCAGUUCCUCCAAAGCACACUUCGAUUGGUAUCUUGGCAAAGCUCAUCAGUGAUAUAGAGGAUGAAGAUUUCGAAAGCGUCAUUACAAAUGCAAACCCUGUUCUAAACCAAUUACAAUGCUUGGCCGAACACUCUCCUUUGAUUGACAAAAACAUCAAGAAGGAUAUCUUGAAGGCACAUUUAGAUGCCGACGCAAACAAAGCUGUUCUAAAAUAUUUGAAUAAAACACCAGAAAGCAGGUUCCUUGUGACCACUUCACAGGCUGUUGACUUGAUUUCUGGCGGCGUGAAAUCAAAUGCCUUACCAGAGCAUGCGUCUGUCUUGGUGAAUCACAGAAUCGCAGUCGAAGAUCUGGUGGAGUCGACAACCCAGAAGAUUCUUAGGCAGGUUAGGGAUGAAACCAAAAAGUUUGAUUUGGGCGUCAUAUUUGAAGGGCAGAUGGUGAGAGAAUUGACCCCUAAUGGGUACUUUAACUACAGUCUAAGGGAAGCUUUGGAACCAGCCCCAGUCACUCCAAUGGGUGACGAGAUCUGGAAUCUUUUUGGUGGCUCACUUCGAUACCAUUAUGAGAAUUUAAUUUUUCCAAAUGAGUCGAAAGAGUACAUUUUCGCUCCGUCCCUCUCCACUGGUAAUACAGACACUAAGUCAUAUUGGGACUUGACGAGAAACAUCUUUAGGUAUGCUCCAGGAAUUCCGACUACCAAACUGAACAUUCAUUCAGUGGACGAGCGAGUCGAUUUUGACGGUCAUUUGCUGAUCAUAGCUUUCUACUAUAACUAUUUGCAGGUAGUAGAUCAUUUAGCUCAAUAA